CACGUGCCCCUCCUCCACGUGAUUACGUGGCCCGGCGAUGACGCGUCGGCUUGGCGCGUGUUGCCUGGAGCGGGCUGAUGGCGGCGGUGAAGGUGUUCCCGCUGAAGUGUGUCGUGCAGCAUUAUGCCUGGGGGAAAGUUGGCCUGGAGAGUGAGGUAGCAAAACUCACUUUAAGUGAUGAUCCCUCUAUAGCCAUUGAGCAAGAGAAACCCUAUGCUGAGUUAUGGAUGGGAGCGCAUCCCAAAGGGGAUGCCAUUAUCUGCGACAACAGAAUUCCUCAGAAGACUCUUGGGGAAUGGAUUGCCAAGCAUCCUGACUGUUUAGGGUCAAAGGUGAAAGAUAUUUUCCAAGGGCAGCUUCCCUUUCUGUUCAAGGUGCUUUCGGUCAACAUUUCGUUAUCUAUUCAAGCUCAUCCAACCAAAGAAUUAGCAGUAAAACUGCACACUCAGUUUCCGGAUCGCUAUCCGGAUAAAAAUCACAAACCAGAAAUGGCGAUUGCACUGACUCCAUUUGAAGGGCUGUGUGGAUUUAGACCAGUGGAGGAAAUUAUUGGAUUUCUGAAAAACGUCCCGGAAUUCCGUACAGUCAUUGGCAACGAAGCUGCCGAAGUGCUUGAAAAUAACACUGGUGACCCACGUCACGUAUCUGAUGCUUUGAAGAAAUGCUUUACCCGAAUGAUGAACUGUGAAAAAAAAACCUUUAUUGAUCAGCUGAACAUGUUGGUGAAGAGGGUGUUGCAAGAAGAUGAUGCAGGAAAGGACACUACAGGAAGUAAUGGUGAGCUCUUGCUACGGUUGCACUCCCAGUUUCCAGGGGAUGUUGGGUGUUUUGUCAUCUACUUUCUAAACCUAGUGAAACUGCAACCUGGAGAAGCCAUGUUUCUGGGAGCCAAUGAACCCCAUGCUUACCUUUAUGGAGAUUGUAUAGAAUGUAUGGCAUGUUCUGAUAAUACUGUGCGAGCUGGGCUCACUCCAAAAUUCAUUGAUGUUCAGACCCUUUGUGAAAUGCUCAAUUACACACCUGCACCAGCAAGGGAGAAGAUCUUUCCAUCUGUUCGGGAUCCUUGUGAUCCAUGUGUUUCUCUGUAUGACCCUCCAGUGCCCGAUUUCACAGUGAUAAAAAUAGAGGUUCCAAGUUCGGUGAAACGGUACAAGGUAGCCUCCAUUGAUUCUGCAAGUAUCCUGCUGGUCAUUCGGGGUGAAGCCACAAGCACAGCUAGCCCGUCUGAAGUCAACAUUCGGCGAGGAUCUGUGCUAUUCAUUGCAGCCAACGAGGGGGUUGGCUUGUGUAUCCGUUCAGUGGAUGGGAUGCUGCUUUUCAGGGCAUGCUGCAUGCUGUAACCUGCCUCAACAUCGAUUCCAUAUCCCUAGGAUUAGAAAUGGACUACAUUAUAGUAGACAAAUGGAUAGAUUGGAUUGGAGCAAUGUGCACUACGUUAAUCAAUUAUGCAUUUGUGAUGAAACUCAAAAUUUAUACUUCAAAUUUUCGUUCAAUUACAUUGUAUUUGCUGAUGCUU